AGGUAAAGGCACCCGCUUACUACAUCGGUGGGCAGCAGCCGAGCACGCUGCCGCGCGGGGGAUCCAUGCUCCGAGCCUAUUCGCCGGCCGCCCCGCCCGUGCCCGCUGACCGUGUAAAAUCCCAUUCCGCCUCAGGCCAUGCUGACGGGUACAUGUCAUCCCCUGAACGCGGGGCUGCCAGGACUCCUUACGAGGACCCCUACUACUCCCAGUACCUCGGCACUGCUGCUGGGAGGCCCAACAUUGCUCCCAUCAUUGAUGAGGAGACCGGGGAUGCAGUGAUCAUUGAUGAUGCAUACCAAAUGUACGGAAAUCCCAUAGCUGGUGCUCCGCGACCGAUGCCUCGCCCUCUGUACGAUGUCAGGCCACAAUUGGAUGACAUGCAACGCCUGCGCGUUGAGAAGAUGGAGAGGCAACUGGCCAAUUUGACGGGACUCGUGCAAAAAGCCUUGCAGGUCCCCAACCAACCACCAGUACCUCCCGCGGCGGCCGCCCCGCGAGCUGAGUAUCAGCCCUACCACGUGCGCCCAGCAGCGCAAGAUGCGGCAAGAUUUACCGGCACCGAGAGACCCCCUAAAUUAGGCAGGGAUAAAUUUCAAAAAUCUGUCUCAUUUGAGAAAUCAGUAUCAUUUAGCGAUGAUCCUCCAGAUAUGAGCUCACCAAAGCAGCAUUCACCUCAGCAUACAGCUGAUUCCAAACCUACCAAACCGGCUAUCAAAUCUUCGACAUUGCCGAGGACAUCGUCACAAGAACGAGAUCGCCUAAAGCCGGCUCCUCCUCCGAAGCCUGCAGGUCUUGCUAGCCAGCAGCUUGCUCUGAUACCCCAGAAAACGUGCACCAUCAACGUGUCUUCGGACUUCCCGGGGCAACUUCGUCUGCUGCAGAAGCAGAGCCGUGACUUGCGCAUUGAGACUCGCAAUAUGCGCCGUUCUACUCUGAGUCACGCCAUGCAAAUGAGACAGCUCAUGGGCGACGCUAUCGUCAAGAUUGGUGCUAUUGCUGAAAGCUUCUCUGAGCUUGACCCGAACUCUCAACUCUGCCGCGAAGAAGAGAUCUACCGGCAGGACAUGCUGCUCCUGGAGAAUGACCUGUAUGAGCUGGAGGCUACCGUCGAGCGUCUCCGUGGCCAAGCCGCUAACAGGGAGACUCGCGUCAAUAUGGCGGACAUAGAGCGUAUCGCCAUGGUGCUCUCCAAGAGCAGCAAGACCGUCGCUGAUUGGAAACUCAAGUUUCCAAUCCUGCAGGACACGAUGAAGACUAAGCUCGCUUCUGAGAUGGAGAAGGUGGUCCGCAAGGAAAAAAUGCUCGAAGAAGAGCCAGAGCGCUUGGAGCUUGCCUUGCGCCGUUGCAAGAAGCUGACUGGCACGCUGGUGACGCUGAAGCGCCUUGCUUGCGUCCAAGAGCAGCGUCUGCCACUGACUGAUGGUCGCGUCUCUCCAGUAUCGUCUCAGAGCUCUUCGUUCACGGCUGGACCGUCAUCCGAAGAAUGCGCUUCGGAUAGCUCAUGCCCCAAUGCUAGCUCUCACAACAAGGGCACCGGCGGCGUGUGCGUCGGGCGAGGAGGAGCGAGCCGGGGAGCGGACGUGCGGCCAGAAAACGCCCUCGAUGCGCUACUAGACGAACUGCAGACGUUCGCGAAGCCGGCGGAGCGCAGCGGGCGCGGCGAGGGACCCCUGCGCCGUCUGCACUCCUACCCCAGCGGCAGCGACACGGACGCGUCGCCCCCGGUGCGCGCGCGCGGCCAGCACCCGCCCAAGCCGCCCGUGCCCGAGCGCCACCCCGAGCUGCUCGCCAUGGCCGCGCGCCGCGCACCGCCACCGCCGCCGCCGCGCACCACCUCGCGCUCGCCGCUCGCCUCGCCGACUUCGCCCGCCUCACCUCCUCGCUGCGAUCCCGACCCCUGCCUUCUAACCCUGCACCCCUCCGAAACUUCUGACGACGACAAGGCCACCAGUCGAAACACACCCCUUGAACAACGACAUCAAGAGCUGCUGAAGAAACAAAAAGCGCUGCAAGAACAGUACGCAAGGCUGCAAAUGAUACAACGGAGCGGUCCCACGUUGCCACCUACUGCACAGCCCGACCUCAAAAAGACAGGCAGCGAGUCCAACUUGUUGAGUAAAAUGAACUUGAACAUAGCGCCGGCCGCAUCCGGCAGCAUGACGCACCUAGCCGGCGACCACGAACGCCACGCUGACGGGACAAUGACCACCGAGAAGGGCAGACUGCCCGACACUGUGGCCACUACUAAUAAGGUUUACGAGACUGACAUACUGUGA